AUGAUUAGUGCCAUACUUAUAUUCUCAUCUCGUGGAGAGCUGAUUGUUGCUAAAACUAUGAAGAGUUCGUUGAAGAAGUCGAUAUCUGACAUCUUCCGGAUUCAAGUGAUCAAUAAUUUAGAUGUUAGAUCACCGAUUCUGACUUUGGGUUCUACCACAUUCCAUCACAUAAGAUCCGAUGGUAGCGAUAGCUUGUGGUUGGUGGCUGUAAGCAGAAGCAAUGCCAAUAGUGGGGCAAUUUGGGAAUUCCUAUACAAGCUCAAUGUGAUAAUGGACGUUUACGGAUUGACAAAAGAAGGAACAUUGAAAGAGAAUUUCAUGAACUGUUACGAGAUUCUAGAUACUGUCCUCGAAGAAGGCGGUAUCCCUGUAGAUACUGAGUUAAACUCUGUGAUAUCAAAAAUGACCGUGAAACCGCCAAAACAGAUCAGUGGCAAUCUAUUAGACCGGCCCGACCUUCUUACCAUGUCUUCGUUGAAUCUUUCGACCCCUGGUGACUCUUCUUCAACAUUGUCAAUGCCCAAAUUCCUUACUCGCAACAAUAGAUCGAUGUCGCAAGAUCUGGGAUCCAACUACCCAUCGAACCUCUCAUGGAGGCCACACGGUAUCAAGUACAAGAAAAAUGAGGUGCUUCUGAAUGUGAAUGAGAAGAUAAGCAUUCUGGUAUCUCGUGAUGGCUCUAUCUUGAAAUCUUAUGUCGACGGUACCAUUGACUUGACUACCCAUCUAAGUGGAAUGCCCAUCUGUCAGUUUGGAUUAAACGAUUCUCUUAGUGUGGAGUUUGGGGAUGAUUCAAUAAGCGAGGUGGAGGAUUUUGCCAAUAAGAAGGCAAUUCCAAAAGCGGCUGCGGGCAGAGUGAUGUUAGAAGACUGCAAGUUUCACCAGUGCGUCUCUCUUGAUAAAUUCAACAAGGACCGAGUUAUCAAAUUUGUUCCACCAGACGGAUCCAUGGAAUUGAUGAAAUACUGCGUGCGAGACAAUUUGAAUUUACCAUUCAAGGUGACGCCAAUCGUCACCAGUAUAGGUCGAGGCAACACAAUAGACUACCGAGUUACACUAAAAUCACUCUUCCCAGGAAAACUUUCCGCUAAGGACGUUAGUCUACGAAUCCCUGUACCACCAGGUACAGUGGAUUGUGAGAUCAAUGUCUCCAAUGGCAAGUGUAAGUUUGUUCCAGAAGAAAGUGCGAUGAUAUGGAAAUUUACAAAAUACACAGGACUCACAGAAAACACUCUCAGUGCAGUGACUGUGCCUUCCAGUGAUACUACUCAAUUAACCGUGCAGCAGUGGCCAAGACCUCCAAUGUCGCUUAAUUUUGAAAUAAUGAUGUUCAGUAAUUCGGGCCUAGUGGUACGCUAUUUCAAAGUGUCGGACAAGGAUGAAAGAUACAGAACAGCAAAGUGGAUCAAGUACAUCUCAAAGUCGGGAUCAUACGAAAUUAGGUACUGA